AAUUAACUUGCACACAACAAAUUAAAGCCAAGGAAUUAGAAAAUGGCUGCAGCUCCAAUUAAGUCUGCUUCUAACUUCCUCGCUACUCCUCUUCCUCCUCUUCCUCCCCUUCUCACUCUCAAAAACAACAGCAGCUGAAACACAUGCUUUAUUCAAGGCUUCCAAAAACAGUCCUCGUUCCGAGGGUUCCCAAGUCGCGGAGAGGUUGAUCAGGAAUCUUAACCUGUUUCCCAGCGUCCAUGAUGAUCAGCUCAGGAUCGAAGCAGCCGGAGCGGUUCCCGCCGAUCAGCCGACGCUCAUCGAGAAGCCCUUCAAGCUUGAUUACCUUGGCCAGUCUGGCUCUACUCUUCAAAAUGGUGAUGGUAUUGCCAACCUAAGCCAACAUGCCGGUUAUUUUAAGCUUCAAAAUACUAUAAAUGCAAGAUUUCAAACAUCAUCUUUGUGGAUCAACCUAUCGGAACUGGUUUCAGUUACAGUACAACUAAGAAUGACAUUCGCUUUGACGAAAAAGGCGUCAGCGAGGACCUCUACAACUUCUUGCAGGUCUACUUUCAAAUAAAGAGUAUCGUGAAUAAUGGAUUCAUGGGUGAGGGGUGCUACUUGUACGGUACACGUAUAUAAUUUGUACACAUUUGUUGUGCACAUUGUCUAGUAGCAUGUGUACAUUUGAGCUUCUAAACGAGCUUCAACUACACGAUGUGUACAACAAAUGUCUACAAAUUAUGUGUACCAUAGACUUUUUCCUUCACGUGCAACUGUUCAAGGAGGUGGUAUACUCCAACAAUAUUUUAAAAAAUGAAAUAAUUAUAAAUGUAUGACUAAAAUUAAGUUCAUUUACAAAAAUAUACUACCUCCGUCCCAUUAGAAGCUUCCCGUCCACUGUUCACAUGGUUAACUUAAAUCAUUUUUAAUCUUUUACUUUAUAUAUCGAAGUUUUAUCAAAUUUACAUUUUCUAUUAGGCUUUGUAGCGGUUUUAACGUAGUUUUUGAAUAUGCAAAUUUUAUUUACUAAUAAUAAUCAGAGUGUGAAAAGGGAUUAAGUUGCUUUAUCGUCAGUCAAGCAUCGUAAACCGUAACUGAAACCUUCUAGCGGGACAGAGGGAGUAACAUUUAAGUGUCGUAACUAUAGUAUUAACUUUAGUCAUACUACAUGAUUUUCAGUUUUACACUGUCAUGACCAUGAGGUUAUAUUCAUACUAACGGUAGUCAUAAGAUGUUUUCUUUUGGACUGUUUUCAGUCCCAGACCAGAUCAGACCAGACCUGACUUUCGUAGUUAUAAAAUACAGAGAGACCAGACGUUUACCAGACCAGACCAGACCAGACCCGACCAGCAAAUUUCAGUCCAAAAGAAAACAUCCAUACUUUUAUUAAUAAGUUUUAUAAAAACCUCAUUACUCAAUUAAAUCCGACAUGAAAUUAGUAACUUUUGAUUAGUUAUAAUCCAAUCAAACUCGAUAGAUUUAUUAGUAAAAGUCACAUUACAGAAUCUGGUAGCUGUUAUUUUGAGAAUUUAAAAUAGGAACUCCUGUUUGACUCUUUUACUAUAUAUUCGACGUUUAAUUCAAUCUAUUUGAGGUAAUUAAGUACCCCAAAUGAAAUUUUACACAUAAAAACUUGAAGUAAUGGUCAGGCCUUCUUCAACAAACACCCUGAAUAUGUCAAAAAUGACUUCUUCAUAACGGGAGAGUCAUAUGCUGGGCAUUACAUUCCUGCAUUGGCUUCUCGUGUUAACGAGGGAAACAUGAAAAAUCGAGGAACUCAUAUAAACCUCAAGGGAUUUGCCAUCGGAAACGGACUCACAGAUCCGCUAAUCCAAUAUGCAGCCUAUACUGACUACGCUAUGGAGCAAAAUUUGAUCAAUAAGACCAUUUAUGACCAAAUAAACCAGACUGUUCCGGCUUGUGAGACAUUAAUUGAAAGUUGUGGAACCUUGGGUGAGAAGAAAGUUUGCGAGGAAGCUUUUUUUAAAUGCACAAACAUAUUCCAAGAGAUACUAUUUAUUAGCAAUCAUAGCAAUCCCUAUGACAUCACGAAGCCAUGUCAAGGAUUGCUCUGUUACAACAUGUCGAACGUGGAAAAGUACCUCAACCAACAAAAAGUUAGAGAAGCUCUUGGGGUUGGGGCCAUUCAGUUUGUUUCAUGUAGCCAGAUUGUGUACAACGCAAUGAUACAGGACUGGAUGAGAAACUAUGAUGUUGGUAUUCCUGCACUCCUUGAACAAGGAAUCAAUGUGCUUAUAUAUGCUGGCGAAUUUGAUUUUAUCUGUAACUGGCUUGGAAACUCAAGAUGGGUUCAUGCCAUGAAAUGGCUUGGUCAGAAAGACUUCGGCAUAGCACCUAACGUUUCAUUUACUGUGGAUGGAGAGGUGAAAGGAACACUAAAGAGCCACGGACCACUGAGUUUCCUCAAGGUGAGUGAUGCAGGCCACAUGGUUCCAAUGGAUCAACCUAAGGCAGCACUAGUAAUGCUUCAGAGGUGGAUGCAGGGAAAACUUACCUCAACAGCGUAAUAUAAUACGAGUAGCAUCUUGGCCCCAUAACACACCUAAAGUAUUAUUGUUACACCAUUUUUGCUUGAGAUGCAUGUUUAUUUUUUUUAUAGUGUUCUACGGACUUGUUAUAUUUCGAAUUUGCAACUAAAAUGGCUCUGAUCUUUCUCUGAAUGUAACACGUAAACCAUAUACAAUAUGAUUCUUCAUUGAUGAAUGAUGAACAUAUAUUAAUAUAUAUAUGUCACACUGAUCUUCCA